AUGUCAAACCAAAUAACUGAUGACCCUUUUAAUCUUCAAAGAUUUAUUGAUGGACAAGAAACAGGUAUUACUCCACGGUAUCAUGCACAAACAUAUUCUACUGCAUUAGAAGAAGUAAAAAAUGGGAAAAAAGUAACACAUUGGAUAUGGUAUGUAUUUCCUGUUAUACAAGGACUAUGGGGAGGAAGAAAUAAUGACCUAUAUAACAUUCGGACAUUAGAUGAAGCAAAAGCAUAUUUAAACCAUCCAAUAUUAUCAACUAGAUUGAGAGAUAUAACUACUACAUUACUUAAUCAAAAAAAUACCCUUUCCCCACUUAAUAUUUUUGGAAGUACUGAUGUUCACAAAGUUUUAUCAUGUAUGACAUUAUUUUAUUAUAUCUCAAAAGAUAAACUAUUUAAAGAUAUUGUUGAUAGGUAUUAUAAAGGUAAUUUUCAUCAAGAAACACUAACUAUUCUUAAAUGUCUUUCUACAUCAUAA